CAGCGAGUUCAGGUACCACUGGGCACCCAUGAUCGGUCCAAAGGCAGAGAACCAGGAUACCACGGGAAACCGUUGCCAUGCGAAGACCUGCGUAUCGACGGCUGGUACUUACUGGACUUUCGAGGAGAGUAGGCACAUCAAUGCAGAUGACAAAUGCUAUCCUUAUACGAGUGCUAGUAGGAAAAAUUGAGGAUCGCGAGCGGCUGCUUAGCAUACUUUGCAGAGUCGAAGUCGUUCAAAAGGACCCAAACUGGAACUGCGUCGUGUGGGUCAUGCAGGCUUGGAGAAAUCUCCAAGAUGAUGGGCUUGCAACGGGAAUCGCUGUUUUGGAGUGGAAGACAGUUCGAGAUGCAGCUAUGGCCUUCUGCCAGAGAAAACAUGACGAACAUCGAUUCGAUAUUGGAGGUCAAUUCCCUAUAUCUGGAGUACCUCCGACCUACGGUUUGUUGACGAGUAAACUACUGUCUCCAUGAGCGACUGGAGGAAUUAAACCAAACGGAAAAGGCAAUUAGGUAAGUAAGAUGAGUUCGGGAUAAACAAGAUCAUGGAGUUGUGGUGGUCAUUAUCAUUUAAUCUUUAUCUAUACAGGUUCGUGAGGUGUAGUUUUGUGGUAUCGUGAC